UUCAGCUGUCACUGAUUUCGUGUUCGACAGUAGUGGAGUCAACACCAUACGCUGUAUGGUCGGCACAGUGAUGAUACGGUGGAUUGAAAUAAAGUAGCCAAUGACUUUAUUUCCGAAAAGUUAAUCAUCAAACUGUAACAGCAUAAAGACGGAGGAAGACUUCGGGAGCGGGGUAAGAUGGCCGGAGAGGAGAGCGAGGCUCUGGCGGAGAGCCCGGCGGAGAGCCCGGCGGUGCCUGGCGCGUACGUGCCGUUCGUUUUGGAGGAGCGGGAGAAGAGGAGGGAGGGCUGGAAGAAGCUGGCCCGGCGGGAGGCGGGGAAGCGGUGCGCGUGCAGCGCGGACCGAGCCAAGGCUCUGGUGCUGGGCUUCUUCCCCAUCCUGAGCUGGCUCCCCGGCUACCGGCCGAGGGACUGGCUGGUGGGCGACAUGAUGUCGGGGCUCAUCGUGGGCAUCCUGCUGGUGCCCCAGUCCAUCGCGUACUCCCUGCUGGCGGGCCAGGACCCCGUGUACGGCCUCUACACCUCCUUCUUCUCCAGCAUCAUCUACACCCUCCUGGGCACCUCCAGGCACAUCUCUGUGGGCAUCUUCGGGGUCCUCUGUCUGCUGGUGGGGCAGGUGGUGGACAGGGAGCUCAUGCUGGCAGGCUACCUCGGCGAAACCAAUCAGACGGCCCUGGCUGGGGCGGGGAACCUGACCGGGCCAAUCUGCGACCGAAGCUGCUACGCCAUCAUGGUGGGGGCCACCGUCACCUUCACCGCCGGGGUCUAUCAGGUGUUGAUGGGACUCCUCCAGGUGGGCUUCGUGUCCGUGUACCUGUCGGACUCCCUGCUCAGCGGCUUCGCCACGGGGGCCUCCCUCACAAUCCUCACCUCCCAGGUGAAGUACCUGCUGGGGCUCAAGCUACCUCGCGCCCAUGGCCUGGGCUCGCUGGUGCAGACCUGGGUCAGCCUGUUCCGGAACAUCGGGCAGACCAACGUGUGCGACCUGGUCACCAGCCUGGUGUGCCUGCUGGUGCUGGUGCCCAGCAAGGAGCUGAACGACCGCUUCAAGGCCCGUCUGAAGGCGCCCAUCCCCUUCGAGCUCUUCGUGGUCAUCGGCGCCACGCUGGCCUCGCACUACGGCCGCUUCCAGGAGCGCUUCGGCUCCGACGUGUCCGGCACCAUCCCCACCGGCUUCCUGCCGCCCCAGCUCCCCAGCUGGUCGCUCAUCCCCAACGUGGCGCUGGACGCCCUCUCCAUAGCCAUCGUGGGCUUCGCCAUCACCGUCUCCCUCUCCGAGAUGUUCGCCAAGAAGCACGGCUACUUGGUGGACGCCAACCAGGAGAUGUACGCCAUCGGCUUCUGCAACAUCCUGCCGUCCUUCUUCCGCUGUUUCACCACCAGCGCCGCGCUGACCAAGACGCUGGUCAAGGAGUCCACCGGCUGCCAGACUCAGGUGUCGGGAUUGGUGACCGCACUGGUGCUGCUUCUGGUCCUGUUGGUUAUCGCCCCCCUCUUCUAUUCACUGCAGAAGUGUGUGCUGGCUGUCAUUAUUGUUGUCAAUCUCCGGGGGGCGCUGCGCAAGUUCGCUGACAUCCCCCGCAUGUGGAGGGAGAACCACGUGGACGCCACCAUCUGGCUGGUGACCAUGGGAACGUCGGCCCUGGUGAACACGGAGCUGGGCCUGCUGGUGGGGGUGCUGUUUUCGGCGUUCUGCGUCCUGGGGCGCACCCAGCGGGCCCCCGCCCUGCAGCUGGGCCAGACGGGACACCUGGACCUGUACGAGGACACGGCCGCCUACAAAGACCUGAAGACCCUCCCGGGAAUCCUGGUGUUCCGCUACGAGGCGCCGGUCUACUACGCCAACCAGACGCUGUUCAAGAAGGCCCUGUACCGCUGCGCGGGCCUGGACCCGGUCCAGGAGAAGGCCAGGCGCAGGAAGCAGGAGAAGCAGAAGAGGAAGCGGGAGGCGGACACCAACGCGGAGUCCGGGAACGUGGACGCGCAGGGCGGCGACGCGCAGGUGUCCACCAAAAUCUUCCUCCCCCAGGGCGCUGGCUUGCACACGCUGGUGAUAGACUGCGGGCCCGUCCUCUUCCUGGACACGGCCGGGGUGGGCGCGAUGAAGGAGCUGCAGAAGGACUACAGGGAGCUGGGCGUGCGGAUGCUGUUGGCCCGGUGCAAUACCUCGGUGCUGGACUCGCUUCACAGGGGGGGCUACCUGGAGCGCGCCGGCGGCGACGCGGAGAAGGUGUUCUUCACCAUCGACGACGCCGUCGGCUACGCCCGUAGCCUUCCCUGUCAGAACGGAGACUGCGAUGCAUCUCUUUUGUGAAGGGGGUUGGAAAACGGGGAAAUGUACUUGUGUUUUUGAUUUGUCAAUAUCACUGGCUAUUUCCAAAAGUGCGAGUUGUUAUUACUGUAGCUUCUGUGUUGUGUCAUUGAAGGAUCUGAUUCCUAAAAAAAUGAAUGUGAAUUUGUUGGCGGUAUGAGGUUGGCGGUUUGAGCUGACAUCUGAGAUGUUUCCUGGUUUCAGUGAAACUGAAAGGGCUGGUUCACUGCAGCAGUGCCUCCUCUUCUUUACUCCAUUAGGGCAGCGGUCACUAAUUGCUAUUGAAUCAGGCAGCUUUAUUUAAAGACGGUGUCGGUCUGUUACUUCAUCAUCGUGCUCUUUGAUAAUCAUCUCCUCUUGUUUGAAACUUGUUUGUGUAGUCUUUUGAGGUUCCCUCAUUAGGCAGCCUCUUAAAACCCAAAGGAAAGUCGCUGAAAGCGAGAUGUAGUUGACCUCAUUACUAUGCUGAAUGUACGUAGAACAGAGUCCACUGUGGCUCAGUAGAUUAGUCGAGAAAAAUCAGGAAUCUUUUUGAUAUUUAUGACAAAUGUAAUCUUGUUAAAGCCAAAAGGGAAUAUAUAGCCUUUAAGUCUUUUCUGUAUUUAAACAGAAGCCUGUUAUCUGCUUGAUUUCUUGAUCAAAUAAUUAGUCAUUUGCCUUUUAUAUGUUAUUUUAAUCAAUAUAAUGGGAUAUGACUAUUAUUUUUUAGUGUAGAGAUAGAAUUUGUAUUUAGUUUUUUUUACGUAAGCUAUUUUUACACAGUUACACAGUUUCAUGUAUAUUUGCCUACUAGGCUUGUACUAUGCAGUUGGUCAUAUUUUUAUACCAGGCUUGAAAAGAAGUGCCUUAUUGCUUUAGCUGUUACAUGGCCUUGCCUUGGAAGGAGCUGACUUUACGCCUGCUUUGUCUAAUGUCUUCUAAAAGCUCUAAACCGAUCAAAAUAUUGCUGAGGAUCUGAGAAUGGUACUUGCCCAGCGGCAGCCUUGAUUAAACUUUAAAAAGGAAGUAAGAGCUGCUCUUUCAUGUAGGAGCGUUAUAGCUCAUGACUAUGCAAAGGUAGAUGUUUACUCAAAGGGAGAGGCUUGUGCUUCCAUGGACAAUGGGACAUUCUAAGCCACGUGCUAGCUGAGAACCACAACAUUCUCCAAUAUAUGCAAGCUGACUUUACUACCAAUGAGAGAUUUCAGCAGGCUAUUGAAAUUCAAAUGCUGGCAUAAAACAGCCCAGUUUUUUUCCCACAGAUAGUUCUUUGAACACUUAAACACAAAAUUAUAAAAGCACACUAUGGGUAUACAGUAACUAUCUGAAUAGAUUGAGACUAUGAAAAAGCAACCAAUGAGAAUUUGGACGUUGAGAAGUGAUAAUAUUAGUGUUAUAAUAGAAGUGUUACAAUAAUAGUCAAUAGAGAAUCGCUUGGUUUUAACACCUGUUAAAGGAACAAUUGUCCCCACACAUGAACACCAGAUUUCUAAGUUCGCAGGAAAUUCUUCCACAUAAUUACUGAGCUCAGUAAUUGACCGGAGAAGAGGAAGUCUAAGCUUAUCAACAGGCCAGCUCACAUCAUCGCCUGGAGGAGGAGGGUAGAUUUCCAGGCUUGCUGGACUCUUUUAAGCGGUAUGGCCUGGGCUCCAUCAACAUUUGUAUUUCAUUUCGAUUUUGUUUGAGUGUUUCAUUUUCAGUGUUUGUUUUUCCUCACAAAUGGUUCCGUGAGUUUAGAAAUAAAGAAACUCAUGCGCUUUCUCACAGUUGAGCAAAGUUGUUAACUGAAUUCCACCCAUUGUCUGUGUACUAGUGUUAUAGUGUGUAGUGUAGCGUUGUGAUAUUUAAUUCAGUUAUACACGAUGACCGGUUAUAUGGCACUGUAGAUGUGUCCCUGCCCUCGUUUUGGCAUUUCAGUUAUUCAGAAAUGUAGUUUUUCGUAAGUCACUAAAUGGCGGUUUAUAUUGAAAUUGUACCUAUUCAAGGAGGCCAAAAGUUAACAACUUUGCAUUUAGUCAUGUGGGCAGACUAGUGUGCAGCAGCCAGAAAGGUUUUUGUGAUGGGAACAGAUAACCAGGUUAUCGACUUUCCUGGAGAGUAGUCACGGAAGAGGGUGGAUAAACUGGUAAAUCUGUCAUGUAAAUUUUAGCUGCAGACAAUGUUUUGUGUUUAAUCCUCGAAGCCAUCUUUAAAAAAAAAUCCUAAAGCGUAACUUGGAUAAAGUUUCCGUCCUAUCACAGCUCUUCCAGAGCUGGUGACUCCGUCCAGUAAAAUGCAUGUGUAGGCUUAGUAGAAGGAGAGGCAGUUUGGCCACUUUUAAAGCAGAGCUUCUGGCUCAUGAAUGAUCUCUGCUAUAAUUUCUGUUACAGUACAAUGACUUUCUUUGCCAUUACAAUGUGAAUCACAACUUUCCUGAUGAGCUGGAUGUAGCUUAUAUCCAUGGGUCAUUACCCAUCAGCCCCUGUGUGUGGGCUUACUAUACCUCAGCGUUUGUUAUUUUACUGCUGUGUGCCUUUUUUUUAAACCAAAAAAUAAUAGUAGUCAUGUAUAGUUUGAGGUAUGUGAUAAGACUAAUCUUAUUAAGGAUCAGUAAUCACUGUUCCUGUAUGGUAACUUUUUUUGCCAACACAAGCAAACAAACAAACCAACAAACAAAAAACAAAGGCAGUCAAAAACCUGUUCUUGGAUGUGAGUGAAAUAUCUAUUUUAAGGGAACCAAUCAAAGAAAACGCACAAUUUCAGCCUCCUGAGUGGCUCAGUUGGUGAUGGUGUUUGGUGUGAACACAGGCUGGGCCCUACAGCAUAAACAGCACAGCUUUGAGCCUGGGCUGUGUCGUUAGCCAGCUCUGAUUGGGAGUCUACAGCAGUGGAAUGCUACUGGCUUUGUCUCAGUAGGGUGCGUGUGGCCGAUGGGGGUUCUGAAUUCUGAAUCUUGUGUGUUGUUCCUCCCAAUUAUUUUCUGGCUUAAUUUGUGACCUUUCGCCUUUCACAAAAUGAGAUUUGCACAUCGGUUUACUUGAGGCAAUUUUCCAUGAUUAUGGGAAGUUACAUUUGUGAAAUGAUUUUUGUUCCCUUGCAUAAGAGCAGUUUACUCAAAUACUGUGCAAUGCCUCAUGAUGCAAGUGCUGUACACUUUGUGGUAUUUCUUCUUCCACUUUUGGCAAAUAAAGCAAAUCUGUCUGCUUCAGAUAACAA